AUGGCAGACAAGAAUGUGGAAACUGGGCGUGUCGAAACGAUCCCAGACCUACAGCAGCUCGCAUUUACUACUAUGAUGCAGCUUCAGUACCCUUUUGAAGGAUUUUCGCAACAAUUGAAGAAUUCCGAAACUCCUUCACCAACAUCUGAACGUCGUAUGAGACGAAAUCGCACUGCGUUUAGUGACGAUCAAUUGGAUCAGCUUGAGAAAACUUUUGAGCAGUGCCACUAUCCGGAUAUAGCGCAACGAGAGAAACUGGCAAAGGAAACACAAUUGCCAGAGGCAAGAAUUCAGGUGGGCAUAUAG